AUGCCGUAUAGCGGCCCCGCCGCCCUUCCUCGCGGCCCCGCCGCCCCAUCGCGCGGCCCCGCCGCCCUACCUAGCGGCCCCGCCGCCCUUCCUCGCGGCCCCGCCGCCCCAUCGCGCGGCCCCGCCGCCCUACCUAGCGGCCCCGCCGCCCUUCCUUGCGGCCUCGCCGCCCCAUUGCGCGGCCCCGCCGCCCUACCUAGCGGCCCCGCCGCCCUUCCUCGCGGCCCCGCCGCCCCAUCGCGCGGCCCCGCCGCCCUACCUAGCGGCCCCGCCGCCCUACCUAGCGGCCCCGCCGCCCUUUCUCGCGGCCCCGCCGCCCCAUCGCGCGGCCCCGCCGCCCUACCUAGCGGCCCCGCCGCCCUUCCUCGCGGCCCCGCCGCCCCAUCGCGCGGCCCCGCCACUCUACCACGCGGCCCCGCUGCCCUAUCUCGUGGCCCCGCCGCCCUAUCAAGCGGCCCCGCCGCCCUUUCUGCAGCGGCCCCGCCACUUCUCUACAGCGGCCGAGCCGCCCAGCAACAGCGCAGCCGAGCCGCCCAGCAGCAGAGCAGCCGAGCCGCCCCGCCGCCGAGCCGCACUGCAGCCGAGCCGCCCGGCCGCCCACCAGCCGAGCCGCCGUGCAGCCGACCGCCCAGCCGCCGAGCCGCCCAGCCGUCGAGCCGCCCUGCAGCCGAGCCGCCCGAGCAGCCCUGUCCGGUGAGCACAGACCCUCUGUCACUGCGUGCUCUUCCCCUUACUGCCUGCACUGCUGAUGACCUACAGCUGUUCUUACAGUGCGAUAGGGCGGACGGCCUCUCUCUCUUUGACCUCACCUCUGGCGCUUCCCCUGCCCCUGCUGCUGAUGCUGACGCCACUGUUCGCUCCCAGUGGGCCACGCGCGAUGCUGCUGCACGUCUUGCUGUGCGUCGCCACCUCCCUACCUCCGAGCGUGCGCACUUUAGUCAGUACAAGAGUGCUCAGACCUUGUACGCCGCUGUAGUCGCGCGCUACUCCUCCCCUUCCACUGCUGCACUGAGCCGUCUCAUGCUGCCGUACCUCUUCCCUGACCUUGCUUCUUUUCCCACCGUUGCUGACCUCAUUACGCACCUCCGCACUAGUGACACUCGCUACCGCGCUGCACUUCCUGCUGACUUCUGCACCGCGAACCCCCCCCCCAUGUACAUCACUCUGUACUUCCUAGUCACUCGCCUCCCUGACUCCCUUCGAGUAGUCAGGGACCACUUUCUCUCAGUCUGUCCCACCACACUCACUGUAGACCUCCUCGAGAACGCCCUCCUCGCGAUAGAAAAGAGCAUAGUCGCUGUAGUAGCCUCUCGAGGUGACCCGCGCACCCCCAUCUUUGAGGGGUGUUCUCCCUCCCCCCUGCUGCCCUCUGUUGCCUCUGCUGCUUCGGCCGACCUCCUUGUUCUUGAGUCGGUCGGUGCGGCGUCUGCCCCUAGCGGGAGACGCCGCCCUGGCAAGGGCAAGGGGGGCAAGGGAGCUGGAGGAGCGGGCGGUGGAGGUGGAGGUGGAGGCAGUGGGGGGAGUGGGGGUAGCGGUGGAGGUGGAGGUGGGGGUGGGGGGUUCGGUGGCGGCAGUGGAGGCGGAGGCCGCGGCGGCGGUGGCGGUGGUAGCGGAGGUGGCGGAGGAGGCGGCGGUGGAGGAGGCGGUGGAGGCGGCGGCGGCAGUGGAGGUAGCGGAGGCGGUGGAGGCGGUGGGGGUGGCGGUGGAGCUGGUCGCGGGUCUUUGCAGAGGAGUGGCUCCGGUGGUGGCUCGCGCCAGCAGCAGCAGCGUGGUCGUGCGACCCUGUCCCCUCAGCAGCUCCGUGAGUGGUACACUGCACGCCAGCGGGGUGGGGGUUUUGGUCCGUGUACCUACGUCCUGCGCACCGGCGACCGUGCGGGUGAGCAGUGUGGGGGUGCGCACCCCACUCCGCGCUGCUUUGGCCGCCUGACGGACGCAUGGCGUCACCAGUUCCCGGAGGCCUCCGAGAUCCCUCGCUGGGACGAGCUGUCUAGGGCGGGGGUUGCCAUCUUUGAUCUGGACUUUGAUGCUAUUCUCUCUGCCAUGUAUGCUGUGUCUAUUAGUGAUGAGGGUGACUGUUACCGGUGUUUCCAGCCCGAUCCGGGCAUUGAGACUGCUGCUCUAGGUACUGGUGAGGCUGCUGCCCUAGGUGCUUACGACGCUGCUGCUCUAGGUGCUGGUGUGUCUGCGUCCUCAGGUACUGGUGAGUCUGCUCUCUCAGGUACCGCGUCGGCUUCGGCCUCCCUCACCUUCACUCUUGACUCUGGGGCGUCUCGCUCCUUCUUUCGGGACCGCACCACACUCACGCCACUUAGUCGGCCGGUUGCGGUGUCUCUGGCUGACCCCUCUGGGGGUCCGGUCCUGUCUCGUUUCUCCACAGUCCUCCCGUGUCCGGCGGCUCCCUCUGGCACCCUGUCUGGUCUCUACCUCCCCUCGUUCUCGACGAACCUGGUGAGUGGUGCUGACCUACAGGAUGCGGGUGUCCACCAGUUCACUCCUGCACGUCAGAGAGUGACCCACUGUACAGAGGCUGGCACAGGCCGACACCUGGCUACGUUCACCCGUCAGCCGGGGUCGAGCCUGUACACUCUGACCACUGCGUCUCCUCCAGUUGCUGAGUCUGGUAGGGUAGUUACGUCGGGUCAGGUGUUUGCUGCGGCGUCCAGGUCUGGUCCUGAGUCUGCCCCCUGUUCGUGUCGUCUCCUGUCUCACGAGACUCUCCUCUGGCACCACCGCCUUGGCCACCCCUCUCUGCUUCGGCUCAGAGGUAUGGCCUCCCGUCUUCUUGUGUCCGGUCUCCCCCGGUCCCUCCCUCCCCUUCCUCAGGGCCCUGGCCCUACCUGUGUCCCCUGUGUCGAGGGGCACCAGCGUGCUGCCCCUCACUCCUCCCAGUUUCCUUCGACAGAGGCCCCGUUGCAGACACUUCACAUGGACGUGUGGGGCCCAGCCCGCGUCCGUGGACAGGGUCACGAGCGCUACUUCCUGCUCGUUGUUGACGACUACUCGCGUUACACCACAGUCUUCCCCUUGCGCAGCAAGGGUGAUGUCACUGAGGUGCUGAUCGACUGGAUCCGCGCAGCUCGUCUCCAGCUCAGGCAGAGCUUCGGCUCGGACUUUCCUGUUCUGCGUCUGCACUCGGACAGAGGCGGAGAGUUCUCCUCUGGCCUUCUGCGUGCCUACUGUCGUGCACGGGGCAUCCGUCAGACCUUCACGCUUCCGGACUCACCGCAGCAAAAUGGGAUUGCUGAGCGCCGCAUUGGCAUGGUCAUGGACGUCGCUCGUACGUCUAUGAUGCAUGCGGCUGCCCCCCAUUUUCUGUGGCCGUUUGCGGUGAGGUACGCGGCGCAUCAGAUCAACCUCCACCCCAGGGUCUCCAGGCCGGAGACCUCCCCAGCCUUGCUGUGGACGGGGAAGGUUGGCGAUGCGUCGGCGUUCCGGGUCUGGGGAUCUCGGGCGUUUGUCCGCGACCUGUCUGCGGACAAACUAUCCCCUCGUGCUGCUCCUUGCGUCUUCCUGGGGUUCCCCCCUGACGCGCCUGGGUGGCAGUUUUACCACCCCACCUCUCGCCGUGUUCUGUCCUCCCAGGACGUCACGUUUGACGAGUCGGUCCCCUACUACCGCCUCUUCCCCUACCGCACUCCGUCCCCCCCCCCACCCCCACUCUUCUUGGUACCAGGUCCCCCCCAGGUAGACCCCCUCCCCCCUCAGGGUCCUGCCCCUUCAGGUGUGUCCCAGGUAGACGCAGUCGAGCCUGUCGAGGUCACUGGUGACUCUGGUGCUGCUGGGGGUGCUGAGCCUCGGGGUACUGAGCCUGGGGGUACUGAGCCUGGGGGUGCUGAGCCUGGGGGUGCUGAGCCUAGGGGUGCUGGGCCUGGGGGUGCUGCGUCUGGGGGUGCUGAGCCUAGGGGUGCUGAGCCUAGGGGUGCUGAGCCUGGGGGUGCUGAGCCUCGGGGUACUGAGCCUGGGGGUACUGAGCCUGGGGGUGCUGAGCCUGGGGGUGCUGAGCCUAGGGGUGCUGAGCCUGGGGGUGCUGAGCCUAGGGGUGCUACGUCUGGGGGUGCUGAGCCUAGGGGUGCUACGCCUGGGGGUGCUGAGCCUGGAGGUGCUCCGCCUGGAGGUUCUCCGAGUGCUUCGUCUCGCCGGGAGCCACUUUCUCCACAGGAGCUGCGUGAGUGGUUUGCCCGGCGCUGGAGGCGUGCUGCUGGUGCUGGAGGUCCUUCGGCUGCUGAGGGUGCUGCGGUUGCGGGUCCCGGAGGUGCUCGUCCUGGGUGCGCUGGAGCUGGUGCUGCUGAGGGUGUUGGCGCUGAGACUACCGCUGGCAGUCCUGCUGGGGUUGCUCCUGGUGCUGCUGGGGGUUCUGGAGCUCCUGGUGGUGCUGCUGGAGCGGGUGCUCCUGCUGAGGGUUCUGGUGCUGUCCCUGCUGCUUCUAGCGUCGCCGCGCGGCCUCGACCGUACUUCGUUCCACUCCUGCAGCAGGUUCUUGGUCUUCCACCUUCUACUGGUCCUCCUCCUCCCUUAGAGUGUCCACAGCCUGUCUCGUCCCAGCUACAGUUGCAGCCUACCUCCCCUUUGCCUGCUCCUUCUCCCUACACUGGUCCUACUGGAGGUCUGGCUGAGCGUCGUGAGCCUGCGUCUCGCCCUGCGUCGCCUGUCCGUGCUGCUCGCACUAGUGGUCGCGGUUCGCGUCAGCGUCCUCCUCCUGUCCCUGGCACGCACCGGAUGUCUUUGCGUCCGUCCACUGCUCCUCUGCGUGCCCCUUUGCCUUCUCCUCCUGCGUCCUCUCUUCCUGCUCUUGCCGACCCGGAGUCGGACUCUCUUCGUGCUGCCAGUCCUACUGUCACGCGUCUCCUUGCUACUGUUGUCACUGACCCUUCUUUCGAGUCUACUGUUGCGUCUGCUCUCGUUACUGAGCUCGUCGACUUUGCUGCUCGCUGUCGCUUAGACUACGCUGCUAGUCUUGUUGCUGAGUCUGAGUCUGUCUGUCCUCCGUCCGUCGGGGGUGAGUGUGCCCUUGGCACGGACGUCCUUGAGGACAGGCAGGAGGAGUUCCAGUGUCUGGCAGCUGCUUCACCUCAUCUCGUGUCCGUACUGCUUACCCCUGAGGGAGACCCGGAUGCACUUGACAUCCCGACUCCGCGCUCUUACGCGGAGGCGAUAGAGGGUCCCUACUCCUCUCAGUGGCAGGCAGCUAUGGAUGCAGAGAUGGCUUCCUGGAAGUCCACAGGCACCUACGUUGACGCUGUCCCCCCUCCUGGGGCGAACAUCGUCAGUGGCAUGUGGAUCUUCAGGGUGAAGCGGCCGCCGGGUUCUCCACCUGUCUUCAAGGCGCGUUACGUGGCUCGUGGCUUCAGUCAGCGGCAGGGAGUUGACUACUUUCAGACCUUCUCCCCCACCCCGAAGAUGACCACUCUUCGGGUACUGCUGCAUGUUGCUGCUCACCGUGACUACGAGCUGCACUCUCUUGACUUCAGCACAGCUUUCUUGCAGGGCAGCCUGCACGAGGAGAUCUGGCUGCGUCGCCCACCUGGCUUCACUGGGUCUUUCCCUCCUGGUACCCAGUGGAGUCUCCGGCGUCCAGUCUACGGUCUCCGCCAGGCGCCACGUGAGUUGCACGACACACUGAGGACUACACUUGCGGCUCUUGGGUUUGCUCCUUCUACUGCCGACCCGUCGCUGUUUCUACGCACCGACACCUCUCUGCCGCCGUUCUACAUCCUCGUGUACGUCGACGACUUGGUCUUUGCCACAGCCGACACUGCUGGACUCGCCUACGUGAAGUCCGAGCUGCAGAAGAGACACACGUGCACAGACCUGGGUGAACUGCGCAGCUAUCUUGGCUUGCAGAUCACCCGGGACAGAGCACGCCGCACCAUUACCCUGACUCAGUCACACAUGGUGCAGCAGGUCCUUCAGCGCUUCGGCUUCACGUACUCCUCGCCUCAGGCCACUCCUCUGUCUACUCGCCACUCGCUCUCAGCUCUGCCUUCGGAUGAGUCCGUAGAGUCGAGUGGCCCGUACCCAGAGCUUGUUGGCUGCCUCAUGUACCUGAUGACCUGCACACGACCUGACCUUGCAUACCCUCUUAGCAUUCUUGCACGCUAUGUUGCUCCUGGGAGACACAGACCAGAGCACAUGGCUGCAGCAAAGAGGGUGUUGCGCUACUUGUGCAGUACGUCGGGCAUGGGGCUAGUGCUUGGAGGGCGGAGUCCAGUGGUCCUCACUGGGCACGCGGACGCUUCUUGGGCUGACGACCAGGCUACGCAGCGGUCGUCACAGGGUUACACCUUCAGCCUUGGUUCCGGCUCUGUUUCGUGGCGGGCUACUCGCUCGUCUUCUGUUCUUGGCUCGAGUUGUGAGGCUGAGAUCUACGCCGGGGCCAUGGCUGCACAGGAGCUUCGCUGGCUCACCUACCUGCUGACCGACCUUGGAGAGCCGCCUCGUUCUCCUCCAGUCCUGUACGUAGACAACAAGGCCAUGCUGGCCUUGUGUCGAGAGCAGCGACUGGAGCACAGAACAAAGCACAUUGCUCUCCGCUACUUCCUUGCUCGUGAGCUACAGCAACGUGGACAGUUGCGGCUUGCGUACGUGGCCUCUGAGGCCAACACUGCUGAUGUCUUCACCAAGGCACUUCCGCCUUGUGAUCAUCAGCGCUUCUGCACUCAGCUGGGUCUUGUGCCCGUCUUGCCUCACUUGCUCUCCUCUUGA